AUGGCCUGGACCCCGCUCCUCCUGGGCCUCCUGGCUCACUGCACAGGUUUCGUAUCUUCCUAUGAGCUGAAUCAGCCGCCCUCAGUCUCUGUGAGCCCGGGAGGGGAGGCCAAGAUGACCUGUAGGGGAAACAACAUUGAAGCCAAAAAUGUUUUCUGGUACCAGCAGAAGCCAGACCAGGCCCCUGUGCUGGUCAUCUUUGAUAGUACCAACCGGCCCUCGGGGAUCCCUGACCGCUUCUCUGGCUCCAAGUCUGGGAACACGGCCACCCUGACCAUCAGGGGUGUGCGCACUGAGGAUGAGGCCGACUAUUACUGUAUGGUGUGGGAUAGUAACAAUGCUCACAUACUUGGUACAAUAACUAGGAUAUGGACACAAUCAAAAUACCCAAUAACAAAUGGAUGGGUCAUGAAAAUGUGUACCACGUGUGUAGGUUUCACAGACUCCAGCCAGAUUCCCCACCAACACUUGGAACAACACAGUGAGAACUCCCUGGACAGAACACAGGCCAGCAUGAAGGGUGAAAGUCUCUGGAAGCUGAUUACGAUCACAGACAUCAAAAAGAAGGUUGAUACUCUGAACCAUGAUCUAGAGACGCACAAACAAACCUCAGAAGAGGAAGAGAGUGUUGUGCCCGAGUUUCGGAUCCCCAGCUGUGGAGAGACCAAGUCUACGCACGAUAAUGCAAAAGCAAAGGAACUGUAUUACUAG